CCUCGCCUCCUGUCUCCUCUUGUCUCCUCCUCCCUUCAGCAGCCGGACCGAGCUCCUCUGCGGUGACUCGGGAAUCGAACGCGUCCCAUGACGACGUGUUGUGUUCUGACUCUGGAGGAGAGUUUCUAGCAGGACGACAUUUUAAACUAGUUCGAAGUGGGGACGCUAGCUAGCUAACUAAACAGCUAACUAAACAGCUAACUAAACAGCUAACUAAACAGCUAACUAACUAGACAACUAACUAGACAACCAGCUAACUAGACAACCAGCUAACUACUCAGCUGCCCGGUAGCGGACCUGUGGUCAUGGCGGGCGGACUCGCAGCUCUGCUCGUCCUCGUCUGGGUUCGAGUCCCCGGAUCCGCCUCGUUCAACCUGGACGUGGACAGACCCUCCGUGUUCUCCGGCCCGGAGAGGAGCUACUUCGGCUUCUCUGUGGACUUCUUCAAGCCCACCAGCAGCGGGAGGUCGGACGUUCUGAUUGGAGCGCCUCGGGCCAACACCACGGCCUCCAGCAGCGUGGUGGAGCGAGGGGCGGUCUACAGCUGCCCCUGGGGGGGGGCCGCCGCCUGCGACGAGCUGCUCUUCGACAGCUCAGAUGACAGGACCAACAAAGAUGGAGCUCCGAUGGAGUUCAAGUCCAAGCAGUGGUUCGGAGCCUCGGUCCGAUCCGACGGAGAGUACAUCCUGGCCUGUGCUCCUCUGUACCAGUGGUCCACCUUCGGGGUCUCUGAGCGGGAGCCGGUGGGAACCUGUUACCUGAAGCAAGGAGGGAAGGUGGUGGAGUACUCGCCCUGCAGAUCGGGUGCCAACUCCCCAGAGGGGCAGGGCUUCUGCCAGGCCGGCUUCAGCGUGGACUUCCUGAAGAAGAACAAAAAAGUGGUGGUGGGAGGACCUGGCAGCUUCUACUGGCAGGGUCAGCUGAUCUCAGAUGACGUCUCAGAGAUUCUCGCCCGGUUUGACAAACAGUACAUCACCCCGUAUGGAAACACCCUCACCACCAAGUCGGCCGGGGCUCAGUACGACGACAGUUACCUUGGUUACUCUGUGACCGUCGGAGACUUCAAUGAGGAUGGACAUGAAGACUACGUGACCGGAGUUCCUCGGGGAGACAAGGCACUGGGUUAUGUGAACAUCUUCAACGGCGUCAACAUGGAGUCCAUGGUCAACUUCACAGGGACGCAGAUGGCUGCUUACUUUGGACAUUCAGUCGCUGCGACUGAUGUUAAUAACGACGGCUGGGUGGACCUGCUGGUCGGAGCUCCUCUCUUCAUGGACAGAGGCUCGGACGGAAAACUGAGGGAGGUGGGACAGGUGUCUGUCUACAUGGGACGAGGUGGAUUUUCCUUCCACCCUCCUCAGAUGCUGACCGGGUCACAGAUCUACGCCCGAUACGGCUCUGCCAUCGUAGCACUGGGAGACCUGAACAUGGACGGAUACAAAGACGUGGCCAUCUCGGCUCCGUACGGCGGCCCCGACCACAACGGCUUGGUCUACAUCCACAAUGGCCGCCUCCGAGGGCCUGACUCCUCCCCUUCCCAGGUCCUGCAGGGGAAGUGGGCGUCCAGCUACAUGCCUGCUAGCUUUGGAUACUCCAUGACUGGAAACACUGACAUAGACGGGAAUGGAUACCCAGAUUUAAUGGUGGGAGUGUUUGGAGCAGACAAAGCUGUUUUAUACAGAUCCCGUCCUGUGAUCAGUGUGAACGCCACGUUGGACAUCACACCUCAGAUCAUCAACCCAGAGGAGAAGACCUGCACACUUCCUGGAACCACCACGCCCGUGUCCUGUUUUAAGGUGAAGUACUGUCUGAAGGCCAGCGGCCUCGGAGCUCCAGAUUCCCUCAAGUUCCAGGUGGACCUGGUGGUGGAUCGUCUGAAGCAGAAGGAGGCCACCAAGCGCGUGCUCUUCCUGCACAGUCAGAGCUUCCAGUACUCCAAGAACAUGACCGUGUCCAACGGGAAAGUUCAGGCCUGCGAGGAGCUGUUCGUCUUCCUCAGGGACGACCGAGAGUUUCGAGAUAAGAUCACUCCCAUCUCCGUGGCGAUGGAGUACAGCCUGGACUACCAGCAGGCGGCGGACGCCACCGGGCUGAUGCCCAUCCUCGACAUCUCAGCGCCUUCCAACGUCACCAAGCAGGCUCACAUCCUCCUGGACUGUGGAGACGACAACAUCUGUAAACCAGACCUGAAGCUGACAGUGACCAGCGACCGGGAGCAGAUCUACAUCGGCGAUGACAACGCUCUGACCCUGGAGGUCAGCGCUGAGAACCAGGGAGAGGGCGCCUACGAGGCCGAGCUCCACGUCUACCCCCCCCAGCAGGCCGACUUCACCGGGGUGGUCCGCAGUCAGACUCUCUCCAGACUGUCCUGUGCCUACAAGAAGGAGAACCAGACCAAGAUGGUGGUGUGUGACCUGGGCAACCCCAUGAAGGGCGGAACCAAGGUGCUGGCAGAGUUGAGGUUCAGCGUGCACCAGCUGUCGGAGGAGGACACGUCCGUCAAGUUUGACCUUCAGAUAGUCAGCUCGAACCAGUACAACAACACCAGCCCUCGAGUCUCCAGGGCCAUCAAGCUGGCUUUCCUCGCCAAAGUGUCCAUCAGAGGGUCGUCCUCCCCUGCUCAGGUGCUGCUUCCCAUUGCAAACUGGAAACCUAAAGACCCUCCUGUGACUGGAGACGACAUCGGACCCCAGAUCUUACACGUCUAUGAGCUCUUGAACAGCGGACCCAGCACCAUCAGCAAAGCGGCUCUGGAGGUCCAGUGGCCGUACCGCUUCAGGAACGGCUCUCUGCUCUACAUCACAGGAUACGAGACGGACGGACCCAUCAACUGCACCACGGACAUCGAGAUCAACCCGCUCAACGUGUCGAACCCGUUGAGCUCGGAGAAGAACAUCAGUGGAAUCCCCCCCAGAGACCAGGAGACGGAGGGAAGAGGAAGAACCCACCGCAGCAAGAGAGACCUGGAGUCCAGAGACUCCCAGACCGACCUGCAGAUACUGGACUGCUCGGCAGCAGCCUGUCUGAGGCUGAAGUGUCAGGUGGGCCGUCUGGAGAGGAAGAAGUACGCAAUCCUCUCCAUCUACUCGCGACUGGCUGUCGACAACUUCCUCAAGACGGAGAAUCAGAACCGAUCGUACGAGGUCCGAGCGACGGCCUCCUUCAGUGUCAUCGAGAUGCCGUACAAGAACCUGGUGUCCGAGCUGCCGUCCAACAGCACCACGGUGACGGUGUCGGUGAUGUGGGUGGCGGAGCCGCUCCAGGCCGUCCCCGGCUGGGUGGUGGCCCUGGCCGUGCUGGCAGGUCUGCUGCUGCUGGCCCUGCUCAUCUUCAUCAUGUACAAGAUGGGCUUCUUUAAGAGAGUCCGCCCCCCCCAGGAGGACUGCACUGAGAAGGAGCAGCUGCAGCCGGAGGAGAACGGCAACACUGACGCCUAGUGGUCAAACUGAGUAGUUACUGGACAGAGGUCCAGGAGAGCAUCAGGGUAAAAGGCUGUUGAGAGGAUUUCACUGUAUUAGCCGAGUGGCAGAUAAAGGUACUGGGUUAGGUUUCCAUGGGGAUUUAGUUUUGUGUGUUUGUUCCGAAUGUUCUGGUCCCAGAUGAACUCCUCUCAGCUCCAGAAACAUGGUUUAGAUCCUGAAGUCCUCAAGCUUCACGUCGGAUCAUCUUCAACGUUCAAGGAUUCUCUGAGAUCUGUGAAGAUCCACAUGUUCCUCUCAGGGGAGCAAACAGAUCCAAACAUCUAGAGCAGGACACAUGUCUCUGGAGAUCUGAGGUCUUCAUCUGCACCAGAGCUUCUGGCUUGGCCUGAUAUUUCAUUUGCACUUUGUUUCCAAACUCAAGAGGUUGUGUUAGCUUGUGUUUGUUUCCCUGAACGUCCAGAGCUGCUGAUUCAGCAGAACAUCUCUGAGCUUCUCAGUGUUUAACACCUCAAUCGACUGAGAGAUAAUCCAGCGUCUGAAAAUCUAUUAAAAUGUAAUAAUGUGUCAAAGUGUCUCAGCAGCAACAUGAUCAAGAUUCUUUAGUUUAAAGUGCGUCAGUAAUACAUCGUUGUGUGUGUAACUUCCUGUGUGUGUAACUUCCUGUGUGUGUAACUUCCUGUCAGAGCUUCGCUGCUUUCUCACUCUAUUCAGUUUGUGUACAUGACGUGAUGAUGAGAGAUGAUUGACAGGCGGCGCGUUGAGGAGUCAGAAGAAAAGUGACAAUAUUAAUAAACCACCUUCAGCCUCUUCAAUCUGAGGUUUUAAUGAAUUCCUUCAGAUUCAUUGACAUUAGAAAUAAUUGUUUAUCGCUGCCAAACGUUGGGAAUCGUCAUGACAACAGGAAGUGAGGUGGGCGGGGUUUAACUAUAGCUACUUACAGUUGUUAGUUUAGCACUGAUUUUGAAACAGUAUUUUUCUGAUUAUGUCUGCGGCUCUGCUCAGAACGACAUGGACUGAAACCAGCGGGUUAUUUAACGUGUGUCUGAGUGUGUGUGUGUGAAAGUAUUAGAAAGAAAACACAAACUUUGCUGUAACUUCACCCAUAUUGGGUUCAAAUAAUGAACUAAUGUUUAAACUUGUUCAUAAGAAGAACAUAAGAAUAAGAAUCAGUCCACAGGAACGUUAGUGUUUUAGCUUCAGCAGCAGAAAGAAACGAGUCUCUACAGUGAACUCCCAGAAUGCAUCUGGAGGCCGAACCCUCAGGUUCACUUCCUGGUUUGAACUCUGAAUCGUCUCCACUGGAGGAAUCAGAUUUUCUGUUUGAGAUUAACGAGCUUUGCAGAGAUGAUGUUUUAUUGUGUUGGAUAGAAACAGUUUCUCUUCACUGAUCGAACUUCUAACAGCUUCUGAGGACGUCUGUGUUCAUUACUUUUAACGACUUUACUCAAAUGAUUAUUUUAUAAUAUUUUUAUGCCUUAUUGGAUUGUGGGACUCGCUGCGCUGUGCCUGUGUGUCCAUGUGGUGGCGCUCUACCUACCCGUCCGCCCCCCCCGGUGGACGUGUGGUGUGACUGAGUUUACUCACUGUUGAUGACCUGAAGCUUUUUACUACAGAUUGAGCAACAAGCUGAGUUUCUAGAAGUGACUCUGCAGCGUCUUUCUACUCUUUUAUAUUUAACUCCACGGUUUCUCUUCCUCUGCCGUGAUUAAGGUUUUUUUUUAUGUAUCAAUUCUUUCACCUAGAGACUAAAAUAACUUUGACACCGAUGUUUUCACCUUUAGAAUGAAAUAAACUGAUUUGUUCACAUUUG